GCUGGCCCCGCCCCCUCCAGUACCUCCGUUCCCCGGCUACCCAGGAAGGCCGUGCGGGUGGUGAGAGCUGCUUUCGCUUUCCCUUCCCUGUGCACCCUCCGCUUCUCGUGCGGCGCUAGCCCCCCCGCCCCGGCCAUGGCCAUGCUCAGGGUCCAGCCUGAAGCCCAAGCCAAGGUGGACGUGUUCCGUGAAGACCUGUGUAUCAAGACAGAGAACCUGCUGGGGAGCUACUUCCCUAAGAAGAUUUCUGAGUUGGAUGCAUUUUUAAAGGAGCCGGCUCUCAACGAAGCCAAUCUGAGCAAUUUGAAGGCCCCGUUGGACAUCCCAGUGCCUGAUCCAGUUAAGGAGAAGGAGAAAGAGGAACGGAAGAAACAGCAGGAGAAGGAAGACAAAGAUGAAAAGAAGAAAGGGGAAGAUGAAGACAAAGGUCCUCCCUGUGGCCCAGUGAACUGCAAUGAGAAGAUCGUGGUUCUCCUUCAGCGUCUAAAGCCUGAGAUCAAGGAUGUCAUUGAGCAGCUCAACCUGGUCACCACCUGGUUACAGCUGCAGAUACCUCGGAUUGAAGAUGGGAACAAUUUUGGAGUGGCUGUCCAGGAGAAGGUGUUUGAGCUGAUGACCUCCCUUCACACCAAGCUGGAAGGCUUCCACACUCAAAUCUCCAAGUAUUUCUCAGAGCGGGGUGAUGCCGUGACCAAAGCAGCCAAGCAGCCCCAUGUGGGUGAUUAUCGGCAGCUGGUGCAUGAGCUCGAUGAGGCAGAGUACCGGGAUAUCCGGCUGAUGGUCAUGGAGAUCCGCAACGCUUAUGUGAGGAAGCGAGGGUUGGGGGGCAGAGUAGCAGAGGCAGCUUUCCCAGGCCACCUACUCCCUGACCCUGCAGGCUGGGGGUGAAGGGUCACAGACCUUAGCCUCUCCAUAAGGUUAGAAAUGGGGCACAGGAGCCAUUGGGGUCCUGUGGCUGACCCCUACUCUUCUCUGGCCCUGUAGGCUGUGUUGUAUGACAUCAUCUUGAAGAACUUCGAGAAGCUUAAGAAGCCCAGGGGAGAAACAAAAGGAAUGAUCUAUUAGAGAGCCUCCCCUCAUUCUGUAAUGGGUCUGGCAGAGACCUUCCUAUCUUUUACAGAGGACUCCAGACUUUCCCCAACUUCAGCAUGUUGAGGUUUGUCCCCCUCUUGCCUCCCAGGCACAAUAAAUAGUCAUACCAUUGUCCUUUCA